GAUCUCAGCUAUGGCUUCCUCCGGAAUCACUAUCUGCCUGGAGAAGGAUGAUGCCAAGGCAGUUGCCCGAGUCCUCCCCUACGGGGGGCAGGACUAUGGGGAGCUGAAGCGCCGGUGUCUCCAGCAGGGAUCGCUCUUCGUCGACCCUGACUUCAAACCCAGCCCCGAGUCGCUUGGAUACAAUAAGCUGGGACCUGGCUCCAAGAAAGCCCAGGGGGUGGUUUGGCAGAGGCCAAAGGACAUCUGCAAGCCCCAAGUGCCUCGCUUCAUCUGUGAAGGAAUGAACCGUACAGACGUCCGCCAGGGGAAACUGGGCGACUGCUGGUUCCUGGCAGCAGCGGCAUCCCUCACAUUGUACCCACAUCUCCUGCACAGGGUGGUCCCACAGAGUCAAAGUUUUGAGACUGCAGACUAUGCUGGCAUCUUCCACUUCCAGUUCUGGCAGUAUGGGCAGUGGGUAGAUGUCGUGUUGGAUGAUUUUCUGCCCACUGUGAAUGGAAAGUUGAUUUUCGUGCACUCAGAGGAGAAGGAUGAGUUCUGGAUGCCUUUGUUGGAGAAAGCCUACGCCAAGCUGAAUGGCUCCUACGAGGGUAUAAGUCUGGGAAUGAUGAAUGAAGCCUUUGUGGACUUCACUGGCGGAGUUGGGACCAUCUUUCUGCUGAAAACACCUAACCCAGAGCUCUUCAAGAUCAUUCGAGAGGCGCUGAAGAGGCGCGCUAUGAUGGGAGCAAGCACUAUGGCUAGUGGUCCUGAGGAGACUGAACACGAAACCCCAGAGAAACUGCUGAAAGGGCACGCCUAUUCCAUCACCGGAUUCCGCAAGGUCCAUGUGGGGGGUCAGAAGGUGAAGCUGCUGCGGUUACGGAAUCCAUGGGGCAGGGUCGAGUGGAACGGCAGCUGGAGCGACACCUCACCGCUUUGGAGUUACGUGGACCCUGGACUCCGGGAGCAGCUGCGUGUGAAACAAGAAGAUGGGGAAUUUUGGAUGCAACUGUCUGACUUCAUACAUCAUUUCGAUAUCUUGGAGAUCUGCCACUUCUGCACUGAUGGGCUAGAAGGGGAGAGUUCCCCCUCUGGCUGGUACGGCGGCGACUGCUUCCAAGGGAGCUGGGUCAAAGGUCACACUGCGGGUGGACACCGGACCUUCAACCCCUGGGACACCUUUUGGAUGAACCCCCAGUUCCACUUUCACUGCUGGAGCCGGACGAAGAAGCAAAGGAAAAAACAGGAUCAACUCCCUCACCCCUCCUGCUCCCUCCUUGUCUCCUUGACGCAGAAGGACCGGCGCAGGAGCAAUAAGGGCUUCCUUAUGUCCGAAGAGUAUCUACAGCUGAAGAGCACAGCCCAAAGAAAACAGGUGCUCCCCAAACUCAAACAAGUUUGGCCGACUGCCUACGGGUAUUUAAGAGACAUCACCGAAUAUAUCCGGUUGCCCCCCGGAGAUUACCUGAUCGUCACCAGCCUUCAAAACCCUCUGGCUGAGGCUGAAUUCACCAUCCGUGUCUUCACGGAGAAGAAACAUCACUUCCGGGAAAUUGGCGAAGAAGUCAGCGCAGAUGAUAAAGCACUACAGAUAAUGAUAUCGCCCAGGAUUGAACUCAACCAGAUACUUGAGAAAACUUUCCUGGAGUGGGCAGGCCAGGACCUGCAAAUGGGCGCUGCUGAACUCCGGGGCCUUCUGAAUCAGAUCAUGAAGACCACUUGGUAUCCGCUGAAAACUGAUGGCUUUUCCAUGGAGCAGUGUGAAAAAAUCACCCAGCAUUUCAGUGGCAGCAAGACAGGCAAGCUGACACUGAGCGAGGUUAAGCAGUUCUGGACUAAGAUAAUGGAAUGGGAGGUGAGGGUAGGGACCAGAUCAGCUGGACAAAAGCCCACCUCUGAAGAGGUUCCCCUAUCCUUGGCCACCUCUGUCAGGGUGGAUGGGUUCUGGUGUCAAUACAGGCAGAAGAUGUUGAUCUUUAUUGUUACCUCUCCCGAUUCCACUCCACAGAGUAUAUUCAUCGGUUAUGACAUGGACAGGUCUGGCACCAUGAACACGCAUGAAAUGCAGCUGGCAUUGGACACGGCAGGGUUCCACUUAAACACAAAGACAAGAGAGGCCCUCGCGGCAAGAUAUGGCAACUCCUGGCUUCAGAUGGACUUUGACAACUUUGUGUCUCUCAUGGUGCACCUGGAAAGUGUUUUCCGGCAAUGCAAAAGCUGGGAUGCUGAUGACAAGGGACAGAUUUGCAUGACAGAGCAAAAGUGGAUGGAUCUUGUCAUGUCCACCUGAUUCAGCCAUCUCCCACUCUCCAUCCGUGGAUGAUCGCAAUUCAGUAUGUCCAGAGGCAUCCAAAGACACUUCGACAUUCACUGAACGUUUCGCAAUCAGAAUAAAUCAAGCACUGCAGUGAAAUACUUAGCCAUUUUAAUUCUAUAAUGGAUGUCAUUAAAAUGAAACUUUCGGUCUCCACUUUGUUUAUAGCUGAAAAGAAUACCAUUUUAAUUUGCAUAUAAGUAUCAAAUGAGCAGGAGGCGGUUAAUCCCAGGGUUUUGGGUUUGAGCCCCAUGUUGUUUUAAAGAUUCCUGUUUUGCAGGGGGUUGGAGUAAAUGACCUUUGUGGUCCCUUCCAACUCUACAAUCCUAUGAAAUGUACAUUCUUAUAACAACACAAUAAGGUACAAAAUUAUUUUAUAUUACCAUAUUUUGGUUUUGAUUUGUGAUGAAGUUCAGAGAUUUAUCUGUUUUAUUGUAACAUGUUUACUGAUGCUCAUUGCUGGAAUAAUUUUAUAUAAGCUGCUUUUUCUGAUCUGCCUGGAAAGCUGUAUAUAACUUUAGGUUUAAAAUUUAAAGUAGUUUAAAGUUUAAAGUUUAAAAAGUUUAAGUUUAACUUUCAGUUAAGUGGAAAUUAGGAACAUUUUUCUGCUCACUAAUAUAUAUAUAUCCACGUCAGUCAAAGGAAGUCCAAAAAUAUGCAGGAAACUCCACAGAGUUAGCAACAUUUGCUUGGCAAGGGUUAGAGCAGGCUUCCUCAAACUCUGCCCUCCAGAUGUUUUUGGACUACAACUCCCAUGAUCCCUAGCUAGCAGGACCAGUGGUCAGGGAUGAUAGGAAUUGUAGUCUCAAAACAUCUGGAGGGCAGAGUUUGAUGAAGCCUGGGUUAGAGUAACGUCAAGUUGUCUCAGCAGAUACAAUUCAGCUACUGUCAGGUUGAAACACUGACUCCAAAAGUCAACACCUAACUUCUAAAGCUUUAACGAGGUAAAUGGUUUUUUAAUUGACAAACUAUAAAUUCAAAAUAUACCAGGCAAUUACAGGUCUACACAGUAAAAUCUACUUAAUAAACGUUGCGUCAGCCAAAUGUAA